AAGAAUUCCUGUUUAAUUAAUAGAUAAUGUAUAUUCGCGCCAUCUGUCGUUAAUUUAAAGAAUUGUGUAAAGCGCCAUCUAUUGUACAGACAAGUUCAACACGGUGGUGGAUAUAAAACUGCGCGAGUGGGCGGAACGCGAACUACCCACGCAGUCAGUGGUAGCAGGCCGCGAAGCUCUGCGUGAAGAGUUCACAGCAUUAAUGGCGCAGGCACAGGACUCUGACCCUGUGUAUGAGCCUGUUAAGAAGGAGGCAGUUGAGGAAGCCCUAAGUAGGCAUACCUGGGAGGAACGAGCGCAGGACGUUCUACGCGUGCUGCAGUUAAACGCGUUACAGGACCGCUGCGUAGCUUCGCGUGCGGACUGGGACGCUGCCGUCGCCCUAAUGGAGACCGCCUUGAAGGAAAAACUCAGCGCCGUCGAUGAGGAACUAAAAUCACUUACAG